GCUUGGGAGUGGAUGCACCCUGAAAAAGUAAGUGGUGUGCUGAAGAAAAAAUUGUUUUUGGACUACUAUUGGCUACUGUCAGGGUAUUGGUACUGGCUAGUAUUGGCAACUGUUGGGAGUUGGGUAUAAUCAGUGUAUUGGUACUACCCAGUAUUGGUUAUUAUCAGGGUAUUGACACUGGCUAGUCUUGGCUACUGUCAGGGUAUUGGUACUGGCUAGUAUUGAUUACUGUUGGGGUUGGUUAUUAUCAGGGUAUUGGUUCUGCCCAGUAUUGGUUAUUAUCAGGGUAUUGGUACUGGCUAGUAUUGAUUACUGUCAGGGUUUUGGUACUUGCCCAGUAUUGGUUAUUAUCAGGAUACUGGUUCUGGAGUACAGCUGUCUAAACCUCCAUUCUUAACUCAAGCUGGGCUGCUGGGUACAUUCUAGAGUACGAGUGCAUAGCAACCAGACUUCCUAAACAUCCUAACUCACUCAGGCCCUGACCUGACAGUGGCCCUUUAAUCAGACUAUAUAUAUUCCAAUAAUGUAUUCACAACGGCUGGGAGUUACAGCUUUACUCACGAUUCUCUGUGAUGUCAUUUGAUGCCUAGUGAUGUCACUAGUUGCUGGAGUCAUUAAAUCAUGUGUGUUAUGAUGCAGUCACAAUCAGUUUGACCCCAUAACGUCCCUGCCCAUUGCACCUGUGGCUGUCAUAUAAAUUGCCCCACCCGAGGCCAGGACAUCUCGACUCCUGACAUGGGGGAGAAUUUCCUGCAGAUUUGCAUUUUCUUGUGAACGUGCCGCAGCCUGACACACUAGGGAGAUUGUCCUGUCUCACACCUGCUCAGCCACAUGCAGUUUAUAUAAUGUGAGACAAUGAUACCUUUGAAAGGUACAUUACUGGCUCUCCAGCCGACGCCCGAAUGGUGCAGUGUGAUUGGCUGCUGCGCCUGCUGCUUGUCUUUUCUCCAGCAACAGGAGAAUUCCCAUAGAAUGUCUAAGACGCCCAGUGUAGUGGCUUCAACCCCUCUAGCUAAAUGUAUGGACCAAGCUUAUCUCUGGAGAAAUGCUUAGCUCCUUUGUGCCCUUGGUACCUUCUCUCUUGCUUUUUUGGUUGGUUAGACCAGACUGGUUAGACAGUAGGCUUGUGUAAAGAUGGGCACUCUGUAUAAUAUCAGAUUAGGGGCUUGAUCACAUAUCCGUUUAUAUAGGGUGCCAGUGGCCAGGACCCCCUUUGAAUGUCCAACCUAUGGCCAGGGUCCAUCAUGAAGGUCCAACGUAUGGCCAGCAUCCUCCUUGAAGAUCCAACCUAUGGCCAGGGUCCCACUUAAAGGUCCAACCUAUGGCCAGGGUCCCAAUUAAAGGUCCAACCUAUGGCCAGGGUCCCACUUAAAGGUCCAACCUAUGGCCAGGGUCCCACUUAAAGGUUCAACCUAUGGUCAGGGUCCCACUUAAAGGUCCAACCUAUGGCCAGGGUCCCCCUUGAAGGUCCAACCUAUGGCCAGGGUCCCCCUUGAAGGUCCAGCCUAUGGCCAGGGUCCCCCUUGAAGGUCCAGCCUAUGGCCAGGGUCCCCCUUGAAUGUCCAGCCUAUGGCCAGGGUCCUCCUUGAAGUCUAACCUAUAGACAAGGCCCCACUUGCAGGUCCAACCCAUUAGCUUGUUACAUUAGUAUAAAUAUAGUAGAAUAUUGGUAUAUCAUUCAUUGAGCCAGGGCCGACAUCAGUGGGGCACAGGGGGUACUGUUGUGUCCGGUACAACUAAAGGGGGGCCAGGCAGCGCUGCACUUCUCAAAUUAGCCAGGUCCCCCUUAACAGCGCCAAAUUCAUGCGCCAAACCGCUGAAGACCCGAAGAUUCGAGGUCCCGAAGAUUCGAAGUCCCGAAGAUUCGAAGUCCCGAAGAUUCGAAGUCCCGAAGAUUCGAAGUCCCGAAGAUUCAAAGUCCCGAAGAUUCGAAGACUUGAAGCUGAGAAUGGAGCUGAAGCUGCAAAAAAACCUGACGUUGAAGUACAGAAGCCUCGAAAAGACCCGAAGCCAUGAAAGGAGCCAAAGCUGAAGCCCCGAAGCCUAAGUUGGAGAAAAGUGUGCGGAGAUUUCGGGAGAAAUUUCACGGUAAAGUGUCGCUGGAGACAGCCGUGGCGCUGAUGAGAAAGUUCGCCAAUAAUCAUAAACAAGUGUGCGCGUACGUCAUACUGUAUAUGGAUAAUGAUACUGAUCUUGAUGUGAGAAAUGAAUUAAGAAACGACCCAGUUGCAAGGAAUGUCAUCAACAAAAUUAAGAGAGAUGACCAAAAAGCAAAGGAGAUUCCCAAAGACAAAGAUAUUCAGGAUUUGGCCAAUAAGAUGAACACCCUUCCUCUGACCGAGAAGAAUCUUAAGAUGUUUAAUGAUGCCGCAGAGAAUCGCAUCCCCUCCCGAGACAGACAGUUUGCCUGCAAAGAGUGUGAUUACAUUUGGUGGAGGAGAGUCCCACAGAGAAAAGAGGUGUCCCGAUGUCAUCGUUGUCGCAAGAAGUUUGACCCGGUACCUGAAAAGAAGAUGUGGGGGAUCGCAGAGUACAACUGCCUUGUCUGCAAACGCAUGUUUAGGGGAUACGGACAGAAAGAAGUCAGCAGUCCAUGUUACGUGUGCAGAAAUCCUGUGUUUUCCACUUGUAUUCUCCCCCCACGCCGGAACCAAGGCCCUCGAACCCGCAAUACUCACAGCUGUUUUGCUGAAAAUUGUUACAACCGAAGAGUAACCUUCGUUCCCGGCCUCCAGUGCCCCCAUCCAAAAAGCCGAAUCAUGAACCAGCUCCCCAAAGUGUUGUACCCUAGUGAGCGGCACAUCAGUACAGGCUCCACAAUAGCCACCUGCCUGAGCCAAGGGAGUCUGACCGAAAACGAUAUUGAUGACAUCAUACUGGACGAUAUCAAGGAGGAGGAAGAUGAUGUGGAAACUGAUGACAGCGACAGUUAAAGACACCCAUUGUUCAUUGGAUCCACCUCGGCUGAGCAUGACUGCAGUGGGGAUUGGCCAGGGGAAGACCAAAGGCCAACACUGUCCGAGCCUCUCCUUAUAACCUUUAGGUCACUGGUUUACUUCUGUUUGAUACUGAACUCUGUUCCGGCUGCAGAUUAGAACAUAAUCAUUUCUCUUUCAGUUCCUGUUAUUUAAAUGUAUCUGUUUAGCUUGUGAGGAAGAAAGCGGAGUCACAUCGCCUCAGAACUGGAAGGACUAAGUUACCAUAGUGCCUUAAUCUUUUCCAUAAGUAACCACAACUGGUCCACACAACUCACUUUUUAUAAACACCUACACAUCUUCAUACUCGUUAUAAAGCUUCAUCCACUCCAUAUAUCUAUCCAUAUAAUCUUAUUCUAUAAAGCCUUGUCUUCUAUAGCAAGCUCUCCUCCUCUUCAUGUUUCCUGACCCUAUAAACACUGUUGUUACAGAUAUCUCCUCCCUAUAACUCCUCCUAUUGCUCCAUAUAACCCUCCCUAUAACUCCUCCUAUUGCUCCAUAUAACCCUCCCUAUAACUCCUCAUAUUGCUCCAUAU